GCCACCCGCGGAGCUUUCUCUGUUGUACAACCUUUGUGCCCUAACUGCGCCCUGAGCAGCCUGGGACUCCUUCACACAGCUGACCUGUCUACAGCCUUUCCUCCAGCCAGACAGGACAAGGGCUAUGAACGAGUCCUAUCGCUGUCAGACAUCCACCUGGGUGGAAAGGGGCUACUCUGCGACGAUGAGCGCUGUGCUCUUCAGUGCAGGGCUGCUGGGCAAUCUCCUGGCGCUUGUGCUGCUGGCGCGCUCCGGGCUGGGGUCCUGCCGGUCAGGGCCACUGUACAAGCCGCCCUCAGUCUUUUAUGUGCUAGUGUGUGGCUUGACGAUCACCGACUUGCUGGGCAAGUGUCUGGUCAGCCCGAUGGUCCUGGCUGCCUACGCGCAAAACCGGAGCCUAAAGGAACUGCUGCCUGCCUCAGGCAAUCAGUUUUGUGAAACGUUCGCCUUCCUGAUGUCCUUUUUUGGGCUAGCCACGAUCUUACAGCUGCUGGCUAUGGCGCUGGAGUUCUGGCUGUCUCUGGGACACCCUUUCUUCUACCAAAGGCACAUCACCCUGCGCCGGGGAGUGCUGGUGGCACCGGUCGUGGGUGCCUUCUGCUUGGCUUUCUGUGCACUCCCCUUUGCUGGCUUUGGGAAGUUCGUGCAGUACUGUCCAGGCACCUGGUGCUUCAUCCAGAUGAUCCACAACAAGCGUUCGUUUUCGGCAAUAGGCUUCUCUGUGCUCUACUCCAGCCUCAUGGCGCUGCUGGUCCUCGCAACCGUGGUGUGCAACCUGGGUGCCAUGUACAACCUCUAUGCCAUGCACAGGCGCCAGAGGCGCCAUCCUCACCGCUGCUCCAGGGACCGCACCCAGCCAGGCUCAGACUACCGGCAGGGGUCCCUGCAUCCUUUGGAGGCGCUGGACCACUUUAUGCUGGUUGCUCUCAUGACAGUGCUCUUCACCAUGUGUUCCCUGCCUUUAAUUUAUCGUGCAUACUAUGGAGCCUUUAAACAUGAGGACAGAGGUGAAGGAGCCUCGGAAGACCUCCGAGCCUUGCGUUUUCUGUCUGUGAUUUCCAUCGUGGACCCCUGGAUCUUCAUCAUUUUCAGGACUUCAGUAUUCCGGAUGUUAUUUCAUAAGGUUUUCACAAGACCUCUGGUCUACAGAAACUGGCACAGCCAUUCCUGGCCAAGCAAUAUGGAAUCCACUUUGUGAAGGCUGGUAAGCUGAAAAUACAGCACAGAUUCAAAGAACCGUGGUUGGAAAAGCCUUACAAUUUAAACCCUUAAAAAAUAUCUCCCAUGGGAGCUGGAGAGAUGGAUCAGCACUGAAGAACAUUUACUUCUCUUCCAGAGGACUGGAGUUUGAUUCCUAG